CCACCUGUUUCUUUUGAAUCUUCGCGAAAGAAAAAGACAAGCACAGGAGAAAACCCCAUAUUUCGAUUCAUUUCGUCGAUCCUUCAAAACAGGGGGAGGAAUCACAAAUACCCAUAUUCAUAAAAACCUAUCUUUCUUUGCCUGAACCAUAAAGUCUUGGUCUUUGGGGAAAAAAAACCCUAGAUUUUGAAUUGGGAAGCAAAAGUUGAUUACGUCAAGAAUUUGGUAGAUACUCAUUGUGACUCAUGCGCUUGAUUUCUCAAAGAAAAGCAGUGAUGCAAAAAUCCAGCUCAUAUUGAAAGCCUAGUCCUUUCUUCUUCUUCUCCCCCCUUUUUUGAAAGCUGAAAAGCAAAGGCAGGAAUUUUUAAUCAUACCCAAAAGCAAAAAUGCAGCAAAAUCCUUGAUUUUAAACCCAAAAGAGGUUGCAUAUUUGCUUGGCCUUUUGUUAUGAUGGAACCGCCGUUAUCUCGAUUGGUGAUCUUAGGUUUCGGCCUUCUGUUUACAGUUUUUGCUUGUUUUGUUGAAUCACAACCAUCUAAUGUAAGUCCGCCCCCGCCGCAGUCAGUUCCUCCACCACCGCCGCCCCCGCCGCAGUCAGUUCCUCCACCACCGCCAUCGGUUUCUCCGCCGCCUCCUCCGCCACCUUCACCAUCACCUCCUCUGGCGCCUUCUCGCCCACCACCACCGCCGGCGGAUCACCACCGGAAUCAUACUCAUCAUCCUAGACGGCGGCCACCGCAAUAUUCACAAAAUCACAAGCCUAGUACUGGGAACAAGCUCAAUACCGGGAAAAAGCUUGGGCUUUUGUUCAUCGGCAUUGUUAUCAUCCUGCAAUUUGGUGUUGCUGGGUUCUUGGUUUUCAAGAGAAGGCAGCUCUUGAAAGUUAAUGGCACAUACGAGACUUGCUCUUCUUCUUCAUGAAAUCACCGCCAAGUUUUUGGGUCUGCAAUUCAAUUCAUUUUAGGGAGUUCUUUUAUUGGAUUGAGAAAAAAGAGUUAUCUGCUGAGCUUAGAAAGGGAUUACGUUUAUUUUGGAUAUGGGUCCUUGUUGAGAUCUUCUGUAAAUGGGUAGUUCUUUUAUUGACUUUUUUCUUUACCCUUCUUUCCAUCUUGUUGUUGUCGUUGUUUUGAAUGUUAAUUCUUUCCCUGGGUUCUUUAGUUCUGUCUACACGGCUUGUAAUGCUACAUAGAAGAAAAGCUUUCAGCUUUUGCCCCAACUGUUCUUUAAAUCUUUCCCUAACUUGUUUGACACUGUAACAAUGUUAGAAAUCAUGGAAGAAAAUGUAAUGAUUCGGUUAACAUUUUCAUUUA